UUUCAAUUGUUAUUUCUGAUCAAACGCCAACGAUCCCAAAAACAAAUCUGUUUCUGCAUUACUGGAAAUAUUCGAAUUCCAGAAACUGCAAAGUAUUACAAUUAAAUCGGGGAAAGAAAUGGGGCAAAUGACAAAUGGUAAAUCCAAAAAAGAAGUAAAGGAAGAAAUCAAAAAAGAAGAAAUUCAAGAUGAAGAAGACGAGGAAGAGCAGGAGCAGGAGCAGGACGGAGUUUCUGUGCACUCGCCGUGCAAAAUCAACUCUUCCUCGCUGCGCAAGGAGAAAUCAGAGGUGGAUUUGGAGCUGAGAUUGCUUGAAGCCCUCGAAAUCUACCCCCCUUCAAAAUUACGAGGUGUACAUCGCCACUUUGUGCUCUAUGGUUUGACUGAAUACAUGCGAAGAAGCUUCAAUCGUCCAUUCACUGCAGAUGAUGUUUUGAAGUUGGUGGGACGGUUUUACAACUUGGAAAUGGUGAAACCGGACGAUGAAGAUGCGGAGUUUCUGUCGCACGAGGAAGACUUCCGCUUGCCACAGAGCUUUUUUGCGGAUGAAGAAAAUUGAGAGAUUAUAAUCUUUAGUAGUACAUAGUUUUCACGUAACCAAGUUUUUAUUCUCUUGAAUCGCUUUAUUUCAUGGGUUUUUAGAGGAAUAUGUGGCUGGAUUGCUGUUCAUCUAGUUCUAGUGUGUAUGCCACAGAUUGAUUCUAAUGAGUUCAGUCCAGUGUUAAUGAUCUUGUACAUAUUUGAUUGAGUUCAUUUACAAAAAACUUAAAACA